AUUAGGGAUAGGGAUGAUUAAAAAUUUAAGAAAAUGGCAAAAAAUCCUUUAUCAAGGAGACCAAGGAUUUCCUGAUAAUUAUGUAGACGCAAGAACCUUUUUUGAUGGCUUAAAAAAAAAUAUAAACAUUGUAAACUAUGAUUUUUCAACGGUGUCUUAUCACUCUUGUAUUAUUAGCCAACAUAUAAAUUGCACCCUAUUAUAUAUAGCAACUAUUUUUGCUUAUAUGUUAUCAACUCAGGAAGAAUGGUUGACUUUUUAUCUAACCAAUUUGCAAGCACUUAUAUUAGAGUUUGCUUUAUGUUUAACAUUAUUCUUAAAUUCAGUUGGAUUAUUAUACAGCUCAUAUGAAAAAAAAUAUUCAUGUAAAUUAAAACCAGAUUUUUGGAACAAUUAUCAAAGUGAUGUAGUUGGAGACAAUAGUAAGAAUAAAAAACAUGGGGGUUGUAAGAUUUAUGGGAACUUCAUGCUGUUUAAAAUUAAUUCAGAUAUUCGAUCUUAUGUUUUUGAUUUUUUAAAAACUUUUAAAGUUUUUGCCAUAUUUACUGCAUUUAAUUUUGGAUUAUCUCCAAUAUUAGCUAGUUUAACCCAAUCAAUUAGUACUGACACAAUUUAUGUGUUAGCUACACUUGCCUUUAUAUUGAAUUCACUUUUUCAAAAUUAUCAAAUAUACUCUGCAAAAGAUGCUCAACUCCAGAUUCCUGAUAAAUAUAAUCAUAUUUGGAAAGAUAUUGGGAUGUAUCAAAAUGGUAAAAAACAUGGCGUUGCAUUCAAUUCUGCACUUUUUGGUUCAUUGUGUUUAGCUUCUCGAUUACCACAAUCACCCUUUCAUUCUUUCAUAACUACUUCUUUAGCUGCAUUGGUAUUUGGAUUAUGGCCUGAAAUGAGAUUGAAGAUAAAAUCAAAUUAUAUUUCAUGUCAAAAAAAUUACAAAAAUGAAUUUAAUUGCCAGUAUAAUGAACUACAUUUUGUUAAAAAUAAUGUGAUUGCUGUCAGCUUUGACACCCAUAAUUGUUAUAAUAACUAUGAUAAUGAGAAUCAUAUUGAAAAAAUUACUAAAGAUUUUACUAUUUAUAUAAGAAAAGUGAAUAAGUUGUUAAAAAAUACAUAUAUUAAUAUAAUUCUUUAUACUGAUCAAAGAAUAUUAACAAUAUUUUUAUCUAUUCUAUCUUUUAUAUCAUUAUGGACUUUAAAUCCCAAGCAGAAUUUAAUAAUUUACGAUAAAGAUAAUACAAAUAAUUUUUAUUAUUACUUAUUUACUUAUAAGCUCAUUAAUAAUCACAUUGACAAUUUUAAACAUAUAGCCCUGGCUACCAUUUUUAUAAAUAUUCUCAUUACCUUAAUUGUUCCAUAUAUAUUUGUUAGAAUGCAAAUUUACAAAAAUAAUAUUUAUGGUCCAUGGGAUGAAGCUGUUAUUAAAUAAUUAUUUUUUGACAAAAAUUUUACAUUAUACAUAUUAGU